UAGCAGAAUGUGAAUGUGAAUAAUUAGCAGUUUGGACAUUAUGAUGUUGCAGAAGUUAGUCAGCUGACUUCGGAACAUCUUCGUCCAAAGCUCCUGUUCCAGCUUCCAGGCCAAACUACCACCUGCACGGCUAACUGAGCUAACCUAAAGAUGCUGGUUCAUCAGGCAAACGCUGAUCCUGUGACGUUGAGCGUUCAGUGAUGGAUGAUCACAAAGCUCCUCCUCGUCUCCGGUUUAAACCCCCCUCUUGUUAAGAUAUUUUAAAUCUCAGAGAUUUGUUCUGGUAUGUGGGAGGAAUGACGGCCACUUAGCUUAAACUGGUAUGCUAAGUAUGUGAGUGUGUGAUUGUUGACAACAUGACAUUCAUCUGCCGCUCAUAACACAGUGAAACUCUUCCUCUGCUGUCUGCAAACAUCAGCCCGAGCCGCCUCCCUGCAGCCAUGAUGUCCAAAUCCGCCCUCCUGAAGGUGAUCCUUCUGGGCGACGGCGGCGUCGGCAAGUCGUCGCUCAUGAACCGCUAUGUCACCAACAAGUUCGACUCGCACCUCUUCCACACCAUCGGCGUGGAGUUCCUCAACAAGGAGCUGGAGGUGGACGGCCACCACGUCACCCUGCAGAUCUGGGACACGGCGGGUCAGGAACGCUUCCGCAGCCUCCGCACGCCGUUCUACCGCGGCUCCGACUGCUGCCUGCUCACCUUCAGCCUGGACGACGGACAGAGCUUCCUCAACCUGAACAACUGGAAGAAGGAGUUCACGUACUACGCUGACGUGAAGGACCCCGACAACUUCCCCUUUGUGGUGCUGGGCAACAAACUGGAUGUGCCUGAGCGGCAGGUGUCAGGAGAGGAUGUUCGACAGUGGUGCCGCGAGAACGGCGGCCACCCGUACUUUGAGACGAGCGCCAAGGAUGCUACGAACGUAGGGUCAGCCUUCGAGGAGGCGGUGCGACGGAUUCUGGCGUUGGACGACAGAGCGGAUCACCUGAUCCACACCAACACAGUGGACCUGCAGAAGAAGAGUCCGUCUGACCCCACCUGCUGCUGAGCACAGUGCGACUCCCAGCAGGAGCCCAUGUGACGCUCCAGCUGUCUGAUGGUGUGACUCUGAGAAAGAGGAACUUCUCAGAUAAACUCCUGACAGCCAGUUUUCAGACCAAAAUGGACAUUUUUGUGCCAAUAUUUAGCAUUUGUACUGCAGAAGGGACACAAAGUGUACACAAUGUAUUUCUCAACCCCAAUCCAGACUGUUUGUGUGGUUGUUUAUUCAUACAAUAGACAGUUAAUGAAUUAACUUCCUGAUGCAGUAAACUCUCUGCAGGUUUUAUAGAAAUACAUGUGGUCAGAGACGCAUUUCAGAUGUAUUCAAGGUGGAUGGAACAUGAGAUUAAAAGGUCUUUAUAUCACCUGAAACAGUAUCAGUUCCCUAAACACACUUUCUUUGUAUCUGUCAGUAGUGAAACAGCAGCUCUGACGUCACUGAUGCAGCUGUGGCCACAAGUUUUUAGCCCACAAAAAGAGAAGUCAGGAGAUUUUUUAUUUUUUUUUCAAUUUCUGGGCAGGCGUUUUUACAGUGGAAGGAGUGUGAUUCAGUGCUGAUUGUCCUGGUAACCCCCUCCAUCAACACACUGGAACCUGUUCACACCCCCACAUUGAUUUUAAUAAACACACAACAAUUGUGUUUCAAGUUCAAGUUAAUUAAUGCAUAAAACACGUCAUAUUUUUAAUUCUUAUAGGUUCAGGACCUCAGAAUACUUUCUUACUGUUGACAAACUGCAUAAAAGAAACUAUGUGAUCAGUUAAAUUAUAUACAGGAGCUCUAAACUGAACCAAUCCCACCGUCUCUGUGGUCAGAAAAAAUAAUGAUUUGUACUUACUUGCACCAGAUUCACAGGUUUUAUCACACGAUUACCAGAAUUAAUAGUUAUUAAAUCAUUUUUCAAAUACUUUCUGUUCCGUCAGAGUGAAAACCAGAGAUGUAAGAAAUGUUGCGGAUUCGAGAGAUGGUAAAACAAAUGACGCCAUUAUGGAAUUAUGUGUUUCUAAUGAAGGAAAGAAGCUACUUGUAAGAUUUAAAUGACUCUAAUUACACUGCAGACUGUAUUAUCUUCAUUACGGUAAAUUACGUCCACCUUCUUCUUUUUUUUUUUUACACUUGAAAUAAAACAACAGCCAUCAACGAAACUGAA